CUGCCUUCUGAGUAUCUGAUCAGGCCACUUAACAUAAAACCCUAUCCCACAUGACUUGAGUCAUGGAGUUGUCUUUGUCCAGGCAGUUGUCUUAGGAGAAGAGAGGAAAGAGCUUUCAAAUUCUCUUCAACUCAAGAACUCAAUAGAAUAAUGGAAAACCAUAUUAGGCUAGAAAAUGUGGAUGAAGAUGGAUACACUCAAUUAGACUUCAGGCUUCGAGGCAUCACCAGGAGACCUGUGAGCUCAGAAAAAGGAAUGUGUGCUGCAUCUCCUUGCUGGCGUCCCCUUGCUGUGACUUUGGGAGUCCUCUGCUUGGUAAUACUGGUGAUAGCUGUGGUCCUGGGUACCAUGCCUAUUUGGAGAUCCAAUUCAGGGAGCAACCCAUUGAAGAAUGACAACUUUCCACCAAGAAAUAAAGAGAACCACAGUCAACCCACACAAGCACCUUUAGAAGAGAGUGUGGCUCCUACCAAGGCUCUCACAACUGCAGGAGUAUUUUUCAGCUCUUGUCCGCCGAACUGGAUUAUGCAUGAGCACAGUUGUUAUCUAUUUAGUAAAUCAUUAGUUGUCUGGAAUAGAAGUAAAAUACAAUGCUCUCAACUGGGUGCUACUCUCCUGAAGAUAGACAACUUGGAAGAAUUGGAUUUUAUGGUAAAGCAAGUGUCUACUCUGCCUGAUUAUUCCUUUUGGAUAGGACUUUCUCGCCAGCCUGAAGGACCAUGGCUGUGGGAGGAUGGCUCAAUGUUCUUUUCUAACUUGUUUGAAAUCAGAAGCACAAUUACCUCAGAAAACUCACCUCACAACUGUGCAUGGAUUCACCUCUCAAUAAUUUAUGACCAACCUUGUAAUGUACCCUCAAACAGUAUUUGUGAGAUAAAGUUGUCAGUAUAAUGAUGAGGGCGAGGAAGAGCAGAGAAAAUCAUUAAGAUAGAAAAUAGGGCAGAAAAUAUAACAGAAAAGAGACAUUUUUGAGGUCAAAACAAAUACAGAAAAUAUCAAGAAAGCUGAACCAACUUUAUUCUUGGUUGAAAAACAGGAUAAAGAAGCUGUAAUUUCUGCCCUUAUCAACUCUAUUGGUAGGCCAUUAUUUUGUCCUUGUUAACGGAGUCCUAGAACUAGAGUCAGGACAGCUGAACUUGAAUUUUCAUUUUACCUUUGACUAGGUGCUUAUCUGGAAUUAGCCACAGACCCUUGGUUUUUCAAGGAGAUCUUAAUUUCUGGCUCUACUAGAGUUACUUCUUGUUCUUGAAAAGUGCCACUGGAGUCCACAUAAUGUGUUGCCAUGAUUCAUUCGUCUACUUGUAGCAGUGUAUCAGACACAACUGGAAGGCAAAAUGUAUUUCUGAGUAUUUCUAAAUAAAGAAAUAAAUUUUUAGAUAUCUUCAUUUCAAUCAGAGCUAUCUAAUUUUAUUCAUCAAUAUAAUCAUUAUUAUGAUCAAACCAUCAUGAAAGAGCAGCAACCCCAUCUCUUUUUUUUUUUCUCAAUAGCCAAGAGAAUAUGUCUGCUCCAUCUCUGACUGACAGGGUCUCGUACAAUGUGAAAUUGCAGGAAAAUCGCUCUUCUAAGAAAGCCCUCUCCUUUUAUAAUUGGAAUAAUUUAAAAAAAUUGUUAAUGAAUAUAAAAAAGUAACCAAUCCUAUUGGCAGAGGUAUUAACACUUUGGAAGUCAAAACAAGUUUUCUUCUUUGUUAUGAUUACUCAUUGGCAGUUUUCAGCAAUUCCUCAGUAAUUUCCGUAAAAAAAGUGUUAUUGGAACACAACUAUGUUUUCUCAUAUGAUGAUUUGUCUCUUUCUUAUUUUCUUUUAAACUUUCCCAUUGGUGCUAUUUUUAUUUCCAGAGGGGAUUUCCAUAUUGUUGGAGAAACAUUUAUGGCUUUCUCAUGUUUAUUAAUACGUGAAUAGAAAUUG